AUGCGUGCUCUAUGUUCGGAUAUCCCACCAUCUCUGAUGUCAAACAUCACAUACUAUCAGAACACUGCCGAAAUCCUGACGGCAUCAGCGACGAAACUGCUCGAAUCCUCAAUUCCACAAGCGAGGAAGAUGCGAUUAACACCUGGGUUGGACUAUGGCUUUAUUCCACCCAUUGAGCACUUUGAACUGAAACAGGCUCAAGUCAAUCAUGUCAUGAACGACGAGCCUUGGGCGAAAUCUAAUCUUCCACCUACGUUCUUGUCCUUUCUCAACAAUAUCUUGAUCAAAUUUAUUGACAUAACCUAUGAAUAUGCGGAGGCGAACACGAUUCGCGAUGCACACGAAGCAGCACGAGUCCCCGAGCUGAAAGAAGUGGUGUCGUUUGAUGACUACGUUUCAGUAGCAACCAAAACAGAGUAUUUGAAAAAGGAAGACUCUGUCCCUCCACAAUCAGGCAGCAAACAUUUGGAAACUCACAAGGCAACUCACAAGGCCCCGCUCGGAAAGCAGCCUGCAGGUACCGACGAACAGUCUAAACCCAGCCUUGUCGGUCAUCUACAAAAGUAUUAUAGCGCCCUAUUCGACAAGGAGCCCACUAUUGCAAACUCCCACGGCGGACCUUACGAUCUAGCCGUGCCGGCAUCGGACGAAGAGGAGAAGGUAAUGCCGCUUGCAGACAAGAUUGCAUAUGGUAUAAACGCGGAUGCUUUCAAAGACGACUAUAAGACAAAGCUGAGAGUCAUUCUCGCUUUCAGCUACCACUACCUAUUCGGGUUGAACGUGGAAAGCGUGGCCAUAGGUCCCUUCGCAAUGGACAACCUCAUUGAAAUGACUGGCGACUUCGGAGAGCAACUAUCAACCACGGUGCCCACCCAGCGCCUCCAAUCCGGCCCUUGGAGCAAUACAGUUUUCCAGCCCUUCGAAUACAGAGCUCCACUAGAGCAUUUUGAACUCGCCAAGUUCCUGUACCAGUCGACUCCCCAACUCCUUGUCGGCCUCGUCCGAGAACUAGGCAUACCACAAGCCUGGAGGCAUAAACAGAUCCCCGAAUUAGAACCAGUGAGGGAAAUGCUGGAAAAAUAUUUUACCGAUCGUAUGGAAGAGUAUAUGUUGGGGCCCACAUACAAGUCGACCCUCGACCAGCUCGAAUUUGGAGACAUGGUUCUUGCGUCUAACGAUGGGAGCCGGACCGUUAAUAUUUCCGAGCUAAUGAAGAGAGCGGCGUACCUUGUUGAAGGCCAUCUCGGAGCUCUCAUGGAUCGAUGCGACGAACUAUGCCGGACGAUGAAGCACGAGAAUAACCAAAGCAGAGGCCCAGAUUCAGCCAGUCGACGUUUAGCUGCUUCGACUCGGGCCAUUCACUUCCCACGAAUUGCCUCGCCACCAACUACCUCCUUGCCCACACCGCCACCUGUAACCCCUAGGAGACCACCUCCAUCGAACCUAUCUCCUCAAGAGACACCGACUAACCUCCGCCGGCGUCAGCCCGGAGGGGCGAGCAGCGGAAGGGCAAACAAGCGGCAGAGACUGGGUCCGGAAUCUGCCAUUUUACAGCGCAGCCCCACCUCACCAGGCCCUCCCGUAGAGUACACCAAUUUCAAAUCCUCUCCCCACUCUACUCCCCCAUGUACCUCUCCCGAUACCUCGGACGCUCCCACUUCACCGACCGAAUUCGACUUUGCGGCUCUCCAGCAAGCUUUCCACGGAAACGAGGCAGACACAACGGGUAUUGGCAAUGAUAUAUUUUUUUACCUGGACCCAUUGAUAUUCGACGGCUCAGCCAUCAAUCCUCAGCCGCCUCAAUCCUAA